GCAACGAAGGAUUUUCGAAGCCGAAGCUAACGUAAAGUGGACAGGAAGGCCAAAGGAGUAAUACGAAAUAACAUUACCUCUGAAAAACUAAUUGGGUUCGGAGUCACCAUCUCUUUUUGUGGGCUGUGGUUGUUGUAUAUACUUGCCACCCCCCACUCUUCUUUUUGAAUCUUACCUCGGUUAUGCUAUCGGUGCAGUCUCUUGGUUGUUAGUCAACAUGGGUUUCACGUUUCGAAGCUUGUUGCGGUGUUUACGUCGCGACGGUCAAAUUUGCGUGGUUUGUGGGUUCUAUUGUUGGAACUAGAGAGGAUCUUGCAGAACUCGGUGUUGGGAAUGUUGGGUGGGUUUUGGGGGAGUUGGAGAAGUUGGAGUGAGAGGUUUUCACCGCGGGUUCACGUUAGUUAGAGUUGAGAGUGUGUUAUAAUUAGAAAAUUUGGGAUGGGUUCAUUGCUUCGGAGGAGGAUUGCGGGGCAGUUUGUGGAGGAGAAGUCGCUCUUGUCCGCCAAUAGUGAGGCGCCAGUGAUGGGUUGAUUGUCUCCGUGCUUUGCUCGCAAGCUUCCAACUCACACGAAUCCCAGUGUGGCACUCUGCAGCUUUUAGUUCAUGCGUAUCUGCUCGGAAACGCGACCUUGUCGAUUGCGCACCUGCAACUUACACUUGGUGUCUGCUACCAUAUCCAUUGGCACUUUUCCCUAUUUCUUUUAGAAGCUUCAUGUCCACCUUUGUUUUAUUUUAUUUUUUUAUUUUAUUUUUUUUUGUUUUUUUUAAUAUCUUCUCUACUGUUGUGCACGUCGAUGACAUUGCCCCCCUCCACCCCGCUCUUUGUUCCUUGUUCCUGCUUCUGUAACACCUAUCAUCACGCUAAUUUACGCCGGAUCUCUACCUAUCUUUCGGAACAGUCUUGUUGCCGCUUGCCUUGCCUCCAAUUCUCUCCAGAUUCUUAGUUUCAUGGAAACGGUCGUGGUCGUAGUCGCUUGACUUGCAGUGCGAGCCGAGUUUGAUGGUCAAGUGGCGAUACAGAUUCUGUUUCUGGAUUGGUCUGUGGAGCUGUUGAUUUCUUUUUUUUUAGUUUAGCUGGGUGGAUUCUGACGGUGUCUUAUUGUUUCGGAAAUUGGAAGGGAGUUGAAUAAACGUUUGUAGAGAGCAAUUCAGGUUUCUUUAAUUUGGCAAUUGCGCACCGACAUUACCUCUUAAAAAGGUUCAGAGAUUCUGUAUCUUCUGCAACACUCUUGGAUUUAUUAACCCUUUGAAUGGGGUGAUGGGGUGAUCGAUUGAAGCAGAAUCGGGGCAGAAAUCAUUGAGGGAAGGUGAAGUAUGGUCGUGACAGGUUUUGUUUUGGGUUUUCCCGGUAAUGAGGUUUGGAUUUUAGGCAGCAGAGGAUUCACAUUGGAAAGCUUUUAUGGAAUCAGCGAAUUGAAAGUCGUAUUCGCUUCUCUUUGGUCGGCUACUUGAAUUUAUUUCUUUUGGGGAGGUUACUUGCACCCGGCAAACAUACAUUCGAGGUGUCGCAGUUGAUUAGGAACCUCUAGAUUUUGGACAUGGGUCGUCUUCACAGCUCCAUUCAAACCUAUGGUUGGAGUAUGGCCAAAUCAUGAAUACGUUGCGUCUCACAGUGUGACGGCAUCGUAGAUGACUUUCUGGUUGUGUAGCUGCUUACUUCAUUAGUUUUGUGACCUAUACUACCUCAUAAUUCAAGUUCAUAGUUCUGCCAUACCCCACGCAUUGAUUAUUUUAUUCUCGCCGUUCUCCUUUCUGAUUGGAGGUCUGAGGGACUAGCCACAUGCAAAUUCGGGCAGGAGUAUUGAAACUGUUGCAAUAAAAAGCCUGGGGGUGGCAAAAAUGAUGCAGAGAUUGGUUGACAAUGUCCUUGGAGUGGCAAAAGAGUCUAUCAAAACCUUUAGCCAAGAGUCCUUCAACCAAACGGUGAGGGUGAUCAAUGGUUUUUCGGCAAUACUCCUUGCAGUGCUUCCUGGCCAGUCCAGUUUAGAGGGAAUUCAAGAAUGGGAGCUUCGUCCAGCAUUCCGGGCCCCUCGCCUACCGGGUUGGAUGGAGGAUGGAGUUUCUUCCUUCAAUUCAUUUAUACAUGAUUACGAAUCAGACAUUGACUUAGACUAUGAAUCGGAAUAUGAGUCAGGUUGGGACGAUGAUAGUUUGCCACCUGCGUCUCCUGGUUCAACAACCUCUCAUAUGUCCAGAAUCAGCAGCUUCAGUAGACACCGUCCACAUAGUUCGGUUUGGAAAAGACUUUUUCGAACUUUCUUUUGGCCUGUCCGCAUCUGGAAUUCAGAAGCAAGCCCUCAUCUUACACCCAGAGGUUCCAGAGAGUCGCAUGGUUACGGACUUUCGUAUGGACGCACCAUUAGUUCUGGAAGCUUGAGUCGCAUGUAUCGUGGGAUGAAAGAUUAUAUGAUGCCGAAGCAGACUGGCGAUCGACGGAAGGGUGUGAUCGAGGACAUGCAAUUUUGGGUGGAAAUUUUUAUUGAACGGAUUUUUGAGAUCGUGAGAAGCUUUAUAUACUACUCAUUAUCACCCUUUAAAACUGCUAAGUUAUUUCUCAAAUUUCUCCUCUUCAGCGAUUCCAACCCUGAACCUGAUGAUCUUGUGGAGACAUCUACACUUGGUGAUUCAAAUCCAGCCCUUCAGAAGCAAACUUUGAAUACAGAUGGACGGACCUGCGAGGAUGUUAUCACUAGUCUGGGGUAUCCUUAUGAAGCAUUGCGGGUCACGACAGACGAUGGUUAUAUCCUCCUCCUUGAAAGAAUUCCAAGACCUAAUUCUCAGAAAGUGCUAUACCUGCAACACGGCAUAUUGGAUUCGUCCUUAGGGUGGGUGUCGAACGGAGUCGUCGGUUCUCAGGCUUUUGCAGCAUAUGAUCAAGGCUAUGAUGUCUUUUUAGGUAAUUUUCGGGGCUUAGCAUCCAGAGAGCAUGUGGAUCCUAACAUAUCCGCUCGAAGGUACUGGCAGUACUCGGUAAACGAGCAUGGCACUCUAGAUAUCACAGCGAUGUUGGCUAAAAUUCAUGAAAUAAAGAUGGUCGAUUUGAGGGAUAUCAUAAACGAUGUGAGCCUCUCAAACCCCGCGAAUUGCAAGGGCGAGCAACUGCCGUAUUCAUUGUGCGGCGUAGCACACAGCUUGGGAGGUGCUGCGGUUAUGAUGUAUGUUAUUACGCGGAGGCUGGAGAAUAAACCCCACUACCUUUCUAGACUUAUUCUUCUCUCUCCAGCGGGUUUUCACGAAGACGCACCUCUAUUUUGUUGGAUUAUGAAGUACGCGAUGCCUGUGAUUGCUCCAAUAGUGGGGCCUAUUGUACCAGGUUUAUACAUUCCCACGAGGUUCUUUCGUGGGCUGUUCAACAAGCUCGUCCGCGACUUCCAGAACUAUCCCGCAGUAGGCGGCCUUGUGCAGACCCUCCUUAGCUCCGUGGUUGGUGGUGACAGCUCCAACUGGGUUGGUGCUAUUGGGAUGACGCAUUACAACAUGAACGAUAUGCCUGGGUUAUCGUUUAUAGUGGGGCAGCACUUGGCUCAGAUGAUGCGGAAGAAGAAGUUUACCAUGUUUGAUUUUGGUAGUGCGGAAGCCAAUCUUGAAGCCUACGGAACACGCGAGCCUCUCGAUAUAGGUGCUCAUUACGGCGUUAUUGACAUCCCAGUGGAUGUCGUGGCUGGAACGAAAGAUAAGUUGAUCCCGCCAUCCAUGGUCAAUCGUCAUUACCAAACGCUGAAGAAAGCGGGUUGUAAGGCCUCCUAUGAUGAGUUCGAUUAUGCGCACUUAGACUUCACAUUUUCCCACAAGGAGGAGCUGCAGGCUUACGUGAUGUCACGGCUGUUACUGGUUACGCCCCCUCUGCUGAAGUCUGGAGAGUUGAAGAAACAUCUCAGCAGCAAGAUGCGAAGCUCAGUUUCGAGGAAGUCCUUGAGAAAGCCCAGAAUCGUGGUUGAGGCGGAUAAAGUUUCUAAGGAAGAGGAGAUAGGGAGUACUUCUAAUGCUUCAGACACUGACGCAAUUGUAGAUGCUCCACCAUAUGCAUUGACUUCAACAGCGCAAACAGAUCUUGAGAGAGUGCCCAACCACGACAAGGAGACCCUGAGCAGCGUAACUGCAGGUUCUAUUGCGACAGAAUCUCAUGAAGAGAGCGUUUGCGAACCACAGUCCUUUGUGCCUCAAUCUUUUGAUGAUUCCAGUCUUUUUGCCUUCCCCUCAACAGAAGUGGUGUCCAUCAUGUUACGGCGAAUCCCAAGUGGCGCUUCACGCAACAUCGACGUUACCCGAACCAAUAAAUUUAACGUUCACCAAGACUUCGAUACAUCCGAUGGUUGUACAGCGACAUCAUCGAAUCUGCACAUCUCAAAAAAAGCCUAGCAGUACCGCAUUUAGCAGUCUGGCAUAUCAGCUGUUUAGAAGAAACUCAAAUUCCAGGAGGUAGGAAGCUCCUCAGACACAACUGUAUAGUAGACGAUCGUUUGUUGGCCGACUUGGCAAUGACCACGGGUGCAUACUUCACAACACCAAUUUUAAGGAAUUUUAAAAUUACCUGUACGCUAAUGCACAAUGUCGACGCUGAUAUGAUGUUUCUGUUGAAGUCAUCGAUCGGCGUCGAACUUGCAAAUUAAUCAAGCUUCUUGAGAUUGAACUCGAU